AUGAGUAGCAGAAUAAACCAAACAGAUCUAAUUGAGAAGGAGAAAGCUCUUAAAGGUGAACUGGAAAAAUGGUCAUUGAUUGAAGAGAGUAUCUAUAAGCAAAGAUCUAGAGUACAAUGGCUGAAGCCGGGAGACUCCAACUCUGCAUUUUUCUUUGCCCACAUGAAGAACAGGAGUAACUUGAAUGGAAUCCAGGCUCUAACUAAUGAAAUGGGGGUCCAAUUAUGGUUAGAAGAAGACAUAGAGGAUGAGAUAACAGGGUAUUAUAAGAAGCAGUUGGGUUCUAGAGCAGAAUGUAUGCCUGCUAUUAACCCAAAUGUCAUGAAGAUGGGAACAACACUUAGCAGGGUGCAGCAGUUACAACUUACUCAACCAGUGACUAAGGAGGAAGUGUGGUUAGCAUUGAAGGACAUCAGUGAUUUAAAAGCACCUGGAUAUGAUGGGUUUAAUGCAGUAUUCUUCAAAAAAGCAUGGGAAGUCAUAGGAGAGGAUGUGACCAAAGUUGUCCUAGAGUUUUUUUAA